GUGUGUGUGUGAUGGAGUGAAUGAGUGUGGCUUUAGCACUGGCAGCAGUGUGUGAGGUUUCAGCCGGUCGCUCACAUGUUUAACAGGUCAGUGAUGAACACACAGUGGUACGAUGAGCUCGUCUGGACCAGCGGAAGAUGGUUCAGGCUCUUCCACAGUUAGCAGUAUGCUGUUGGCUCCAGAGCAGCAGGAUCAUCCGGCCGACGUGCCCAGCGGUGAAGAGCUCAGUCUGGACCUGCUGUCGCUCGCUGUUCCCUGCUGGUAUCAGGAGCUCUGGAGCAGCCCUGAAGCCCAGCGGGACGUCCAGACCUCGUUGAAUCUCUUGGGUUCGCCACGAGCUGAUGGUGAUUGGGGUGAGCAUCAGGCUCUCCAGGCUGAUGCGUCUGCAGGAGGAGGAGAUUCGCUGGAGUGUUUGUCCAGACUGAUUCCCACACUGGAGACUCACUCUCUGCUGCACUCCGGCUCCAGCAGCCCUGUCAACUCAGAGAACAGCGCCGUCUCUUCAGGGUCAGAACACCUGGCGUCUUUUAGAGUUUCUCCUCCGUUGCCGAUGCUGCCUUUGGGACUGCGUGUGGAGGAGCUGAAACUGGGCUCAGAUGUUGGGUUGGAUCAGAAUCCGCUAAACACCUUCAUGAACGCCCCCAGUGGCCGGGCCGAGGGCUCCAUUUUCGGCCGCUGGUCCACAGGUCCCGUCUGGCCCGGCUGGGACACUGUGGGCUUGAAUAAACCCUUAUUCUGCAUCGAGAGAGAGGCAAAGCUUCAUAAACAAGCUGCAGCCGUGAAUGAAGCCUCGUACACCUGGGAGGGCAGUCUUCCUCCGCGCCACUACAAAACCCCAGUGUACUCCUGUAAAGUGUUUCUGGGAGGAGUGCCGUGGGACAUCACAGAGGCGAGUCUGCUGAGCACAUUUAGUGUAUUUGGCCCAUUGAAAGUGGAGUGGCCUGGUAAAGAUGGUAAACAUCCGCGAUGUCCUCCUCAAGGUUAUGUGUAUCUGCUGUUUGACUGGGAGAAGUCUGUGAAGUCUCUCCUGCAGGCCUGUACUCAACACUGCCUGCAGGCCGACGACUAUCUCCAGUUUUACUACAAACUCUCCAGCAGGAGGAUCCACAGCAAAGACGUGCAGGUCAUCCCGUGGGUGAUUUCAGACAGUAAUUUCAUCCGCUGUCCCUCUCAGCGUCUUUGCCGCAGUAAGACUGUGUUUGUGGGCGCUCUUCACGGGAUGCUGAACGCUGAGGGUCUGGCCCACAUCAUGGAUGAGCUCUUCGGGGGCGUCAUGUACGCAGGCAUCGACACAGACAAGCACAAGUAUCCUAUAGGUUCAGGCAGAGUGACGUUCAGGAGCCAGAGGAGUUACUUGAAAGCGGUGACUGCAGCAUUUGUGCAGAUAAAAACCUCCAAGUUUACCAAGAAGGUCCAGAUUGACCCAUAUCUGGAUGACUCCAUCUGCCAAAUAUGUAGCAGUCAGCCCGGGCCGUUCUUCUGUAGGGCUCAGGCCUGUUUUAAGUACUACUGUCGGUCAUGCUGGCAUUGGCGUCACUCUCUGGAUGUGUUGAGCAGCCAUCAGCCUCUCAUGCGCAACCAGAAGAGCCUGAACCCAACCUAAACCCCCCACGCGGGGAAGAGUCCGGACUCACUUCACUGUUUUGGGAUGUUUGUGUGAGGGAAGUUUCUGCGUUGUAUUGCACUGCUCUCAUUCUCGUUCAUCAAGCCUCUAUGCACAGUGAAGGGUUCAUCGAUGGUGACCCGUUUGCACAGUUAACUAGACAGCCAUCGCCAUGGAGAUCUGAUUUUAAUAGUCGUGUUUUUAUUUUAGAUUUGGCAUGCACAGAAUAUUAGUUUAUUAUCUCGCAGGUUUGACCCUUUGAUGCAGGCAAAUGCCAGUCGGUGCCUUUGGCUUCUCUUUAUUUUAGUAUUUAUUUAAAGGCUUUUCUACUGCUGGUUUUGGCUUUUAUGUGAACAGAUGCUUUAGUCUUUUUUUAACGCUCUAUUAAGUGGUUGAUGAGCAUCUUGACUUGUGAAAUGCUCCAGGAAGUGACAUCACAGCGGGCUGAUGCUGUUGCUUAGCGCCGUCGUCAAUCCUCCAUUACAUUGAAUACAACACUGUUAGGAUCUCUGUGGUGUACAUAGUUUUAUUUUAAUCAAAUAGCAGCUUUUAUUUUAAAUAUAGCACUAGGGAAACGUUUGCCAGUGGUUUUAAAGAUGUUUAUUUGAGCUGAUGGAGGUGGCGCCCUCGCUUUGAGUUCUUGUUUGUGUUAAUAAACACUCAUAAACCUUUGUUGAGUAUGUGCGAUACUCUGGUUUCUCACUCAAGCCGUGCCAAAGAGCUUCAUCUCUUCCUCGUUGCCUUUUUGUGGCCGCUUUUUAGGGUUUCAAAGUCUCUACCUCAUUGCUCUGCAAGUAUCGCCAUGAUUAUUUACAAUUGUUCAGAUCGGACUAAAUAAAGUUGUUGAAGCAUCAGAA